CAUAUUAUAUACCCAAGAAAAUAUACAAGUUCUUUGUUCUUCUAGUAUAUCAAUUCUUUGUUCUUUGUUUUUUAUCAAGAUAUAUAGAAUGGAUAUAGAUGAUUUUCGAUGGAUUCUGGAGAUUACGGGUGUUGACGUCUGGACUUUUAUUGACACUGCGAUAUUGGUGGCUUCGUUGGAUUUCGGGGCUGACUUGAAGCAGCGGAGAGAUAAGAUUGUUGAAAUGCUAUGCGCAUUGAGCUCGCCUGGUCGAUGUAGGAGUAUGGGCAGGAUUAGUGAUGGGCAUGAAAUGAGAGAAAACAGAAAUGAAGCCAAAGGUGGAGAUGGAUGUCGAAGUGGGUCGAUUUAUGGAGAUGAACAUGAAGAAAACGAUGAUGAAUUGGAUCCAUUUGCGGGAUUGUUCGACGAUAAGCAGAAGAAGAUUUUGGAGAUUAUACAACAUCUUGAAAAUCCUGAUCAGUCUCAAGAUUCUCUGGUUGAUUUGCUUCAAACUUUAGCAGAUAUGGAUAUGACCUUCGAGGCACUCAAGGACACUGGCAUUGGAAGACAUGUCAGUAGUUUGAGAAAGCAUUCAUCCGAUGAUGUUCGGAGAUUAGUGAAGCAACUUGUCAGGAAAUGGAGAGAAAUUGUAGAUGAAUGGUUGAGGCUAAAUCCUCAAGAAGAGCAAGCAUCCUCUACUCUAACGGCUGAUGGGAACUCCCCACAGCAGAAAAUUUCCCGGAACCAGGUUCCUGAUAUUGCAUACUCUCCAAAUACUCACAAAGAGAGUUCUGAUUCAGACAAGAAAACUUGUGAACCAGAAGGAAAGCCAAAACCGGUUCCUCGAAAAGAAGCUCCUCGUAGACCUACCCAUCAAUCAGUUUCUGUUUCUCACAAUGUGCAGAGACAGAGAGAGCAGCAGCAGCAAAGAGAGAGAGAAGUUGAUUAUGAGAGGCUGGCCUCUGCAAGCAAGAGGCUUCAAGAGAAUUACAAAGAAGCCUUAAAUGCCAAGAAGCAAAGAACAAUUCAAGUGAUAGACAUACAUGAUAUUCCAAAACCCAAGAUUGCCUUUUUUGCAAAGAACAAAGGUGGUGGUUCUCUGGGGCGGCGCUACUGAUUUUGGCAGAAGGGUCUUUAACAGGCUCUGCUUAUUCAGAUCUUUUAUAUUUGCAAUACCCUUAAAGAUGGUUUAUAU